AUGGCACGUCACCGUAUAGACGAUGACUCACGUUGGGCGGCAUUAAUAGAAGAGGCGAAAGUGAAAAUAGCCUCACUCACUCCAAUUGAUAUCGCACUGCUGGUAAACGCCCUCACCAGAGUUUUGAGAGCCGACGCUGGACUCUACGAGAUGCUAAGGGAGAGGAUAGUACACAUGGUUGCGUUCUUUAGUUCGCAACACCUCGCAAUGAUCAUAUCGGCUUAUGUAAAGGCUGGCCUCAUGGAGCAAUCACUCUAUGAGACUUUGAAGACAGAAAUAAACCAAAGAAUGUACGAGUUGAACACUCCGACGGAAAUAUGCAUGAUUCUCAACGCCGUUGCCAGGUACAAGGAUCGCGAUGAGCAAUUUCUCGGAAAGCUGGCUGCUCACACGACGCACCACAUGAAUGCAUUUCUCACAGAAGAAAUUGCACUGCUGGCGAGCAGAUAUCAUGCCCUCAACGUGUACGACAAAACACUAUUUGACGCAAUAGGAGAGCGCGUUACUAGACACGUAGGGAGAUUCCUAACCAACGACGCUAUCGCAACCCUUGCGGCGUUCUCCCAUUUCGACGUGGAAAACGAACGCAUUCGGGAGCUGCUGAAAAACCACAUAAAGGAACAGCGAGAGUAUCUGGAAGCGGACGAUUACGCAGAAAGGAUCCGGACAGCCAAGCUGCCUCCAGAAGACAAGGCAGACCUAUUAAACGCAGAGGCUUAA